AGUCUAUAAUUUACUGUGAUUAGAAAUGCUUGUCAACAAAUUAAACAACUCUCACAGCAUAUUAAUCCCAGGAAUUGAUUUGUUGCAGUUUCUGACCUACACAGAAAGGAUAGACGAUGUGGAGUAUGCCUUUCUCGUCUACGAUGUACUGAAGCAAUAUCAGAAAGAAUUUACCUUACUUAAGCAAAAUGUCUCCUGCAUCAAAUUUCUAAUGCAGUUGGUCAAGCUUGCCAACAACUCAUCCAAUGUCAUGAAGGUAAAGGACAUGCUCUGUACGUCAUUUGUAGAAAUAGGCCUGCAAAUUCAGAUGGAGUUUCUUGGCUUGAUUCUUCCAAACUGGCAGGAAUUGUGCCUCUUCUUCAACACGAUGUACCUCACAAGAAUCAUAAAGGUCAUGGAAGACUAUAUGAAGCGUCUUGUCACUUUACCAAAGGAGACGACUGACAUGUUACUCAAGUACUUUGAGGACCCCUUCAAGCAUGGUGAGGAGUGCAGUGAAUUCCUUAAAUUUGUCCAUGUUGGUGUGCUAAGGCAUGAGGCCCUACAGAAGGUCAUCCACAACAACGAGAACUACACUACUGCUGCCCUCUUACUGUUGGCCAAAAUCGAACAUGACCAAAUGGACUCAUCCACAUUACCAUUGGGAGAUAUAUUUUCCAAAAACGUAUUCCAGUUGAUACACCAGGCUUUCGAGAGGCUCAGAGAAUCAAAUAACGAUGCCAACGAGGAGACGGAGUCAAUUUCAGCUGACCUAAGGGUCCAUUUGCUAUGGUUUUUUGAAAAAAUUUCUGAUUGUGACAAAUGUGGUAACUAUGGGAACGAUAUUGUCACAGGCUCACAAUUCUCCACUGUCAUGGAUGACUUAGCAGCUACUAUCAGACAUGACUCCCAGCUACUGGUUUCUUUCUUCAGUGAAAUGCAAAAAUCUGAACCACUUUUUGCUUGUGCAAAACAAAAGCUUGGCAAGCACUUGAUUGGUAGCUACCUGAGAACAUUUCAGACACGCCUACGGACUUGUGGCAGAGGUUCAUAUCUAUAUGUUCUCCAAGAAAUGAAAGAGGCAAGAAACCACUGCAUGCAAUAUGUUGACAAUGGAAGUGCUUUGUUUAAAAAGAAUGUAACUGACCCCAUCAGACGGCUUAAUCGUGGCAAAAAGAAAUUUCUAAGCUUGAUGGAUUCUAAAUUCUCAGAGCCACGCCAGGAUACUAGUACAUAAAGUAACACGGAUGUAUAGGACGGUAUGAAAGUGAUGGUGCUUCAUCCAACUAAUCCAGGACAAUAUGAUCUAAUGCGGGACGAUAUGAUCUAAUAUGGGAUGAUAUGAUCUAAUAUGGGAUGAUAUGAUCUAAUAUGGGAUGAUAUCCUCUAUAUAUAUACACCAUCCAACUAAUACAGGAUGAUAUGAUCUAUAUACACCAUCCAACUAAUACGGGAUGAUAUGAUAUAUAUACACCAUCCAACUAAUACGGGAUGAUAUGAUAUAUAUACACCAUCCAACUAAUACGGGAUGAUAUGAUAUAUAUACACCAUCCAACUAAUAUGGGAUGAUAUGAUAUAUAUACACCAUCCAACUAAUACGGGAUGAUAUGUUCUAACACGUUAUGAUAUGAUGUUCCUAAUACAGGAGUUGCCACUGGAUGGCACUAUAAUUAAUUCUUUCUGGUAGAAUGAAAUUAUUUACACAUGUGAAUAAAGAACUCAGCAAAACAAAAUCUUUACCAAAGAAAUCCUGAGCUUUCAACAAAUUAUACAUUCUGGUAAAAUUUAAUCUAAUCUCAAAUAAAUCAUAUCUUGUAAACUUUCAAUUUAAUAUUUCCACACAGUACCGAAAUAUCAUCAUGUUGUAUAUUAAUUAGUGGCAUUUCACUGCAUAUCACAGCCUUACACCUCAACUGAUGUUCUGAUAAGAAAACAUAUUGAUACAAACAGGUCAAUUUGUCAUCAGAAUAGCUUUCUGUUGUGGUAGAAAUAGGUCACACAAACUCAUGGUUGUGCUUCAAAAUAAGCGCUGCAAGCUUCACCCCUUCUUAUACAGUAUAUUGACAUGAAGGUUUAAAAUGUGCCAUAUUUGUACUUUGAUAUCAUAAUUGUUUUCCUUUGAUUUAUUAAUAAGUAUACUACUAGUAAUUGAUCACAUAGAAAAUAUUCAUUUAUUGAUGUUUGUUUACCAGUGAAAUAUAACAUGACAUUGAGCAUGUCUAUUUUCAUGUCCAAACUGUGCUGACAUUUUUAGCUCACCUGGCUUAAAGGGCCGGUGAGCCUAUGCCAUGGUACGUCAUCCACAUUACUUUGUUUACCACGUUUGGUCAGAAAGGUCCUUGGGGAAAGAGGAAUAGGUUUUGUAUUAAAGACGAUUCUGAUCCCCAAUGGGGCCAUAGGGGCAGGCCUAUUUGCGGAAAUUUCUUUUAAUCGCUACUAGUCAUAAAAUUAUUGAUGGAUUUCAACCAUGUCAGAGACAUCCUAGGGGGAAGGGAAACAGAUUUCGCAUAAAUGAUGACACUGGCCCCAAGGAGCCAGAGGGUAUGGGCCCGAUAGGGGAAAUAAAUGUUAGUCUUAAAUCACACGUAGUCAUAAAGUACUGAAUUGAUUUUAACCAAAUAUAGUCAGAAAUAUCCUUGAUGGAAAGGGAACAGAUUUUGCAUAAAUGAUGACUGAACCCCAUAAUGAUAUGAAUAUGAUUCUUACUUCUAUGUCAUGAUGAUUUAUUUGAUAUGGUACAGUCUGAUGUUUUUAUAAUAAUUUAUCACUUUAAUAAUAUUAAUACAUUUUAGAUAUUAUUGUAUUGAUGUGUAUGCAUGCACUGUUAUUAUUGUAGGGAGAGGGCUUGUAUAGGCUAUGCCUAUUGCCUAAUUCCCAUUGUAGCAAAGAUCUACACAAUAAAAUAUUCUGAAAUGAAAAAA